AUGUCUCUGACCAAGAGAAAUAUAACCAUUGGGGCCACAUUCACCCUCCUGGGUUUUUCAGACUACCGAGAACUGCAAGCCCCCCUCUUCCUGGUGUUUCUGGCCAUCUACAGCUUCAGCAUAGCAGGGAACCUUGGGAUGAUGGUCAUCAUCAAAGUUAACCCCAAACUGCACACCCCCAUGUACUUUUUUCUCAGCCACCUCUCGUUCGUGGAUUUUUGCUAUUCUUCCAUCAUUGCUCCCAAGAUGCUGGUGAACCUGCUUGUAGAAGACAGAACCAUUUCAUUUUCAGGAUGUAUGGUGCAAUUCUUUCUCUUUUGCACCUUUGUGGUGACUGAAUUAAUUCUGUUUGCUGUGAUGGCCUAUGACCGCUCCGCGGCUAUUUGCAACCCUCUGCUCUACACAGUCGUCAUGUCCCAGAGAUUCUGUGCCAUGCUAGUGGUCGUGUCAUAUGCAUGGGGAGUAGCGUGCUCCUUGACUCUCACCUGUUCUGCUGUCAAAUUAUCUUUUCGUGGUUUCAACAUAAUCAAUCACUUCUUUUGUGAGCUUUCUUCCUUGAUUUCCCUCUCUUAUUCUGAUUCUUAUCUCAGCCAGUUGCUUCUUUUCACUGUUGCCACCUUUAAUGAGGUGAUCACAUUGCUUGUCAUUCUCACGUCUUACGUGUUCAUUGUUGUCACCACCUUGAAGAAGCAGUCAGCCGGUGGGCAUCGCAAAGCCUCCCACCUGACCACCAUUAGCAUCUUCCACGGCACCAUCCUCUUCCUUUACUGUGUGCCCAACUCCACAACCUCCAGGCACACAGUCAAAGUGGCCUCUGUGUUUUACAUGGUGGUCAUCCCCAUGUUGAAUUCCUUGAUCUACAGUCUGAGAAAUAAGGAUGUCAAAGACACAGUGAGCAAACUAAUGAAAGCAAAAUUGUAUUCACAUUGA